GCAGACUCAUGUUGGGAGUUUCAAUGGGAAUUAUUUCGAGUACAGUGCCUGUUUUAUUAUCUGAGGCUGUGCCAACUGCAANAAGAGGAGCGAUUGCAAGUUUAUAUCAACAAAUGGUUGCAACUGGAAUCUUUANAGGUUACAUUGUCGAUGNGAUAUUUGNGAACANAGAUGAUAUCGGCUGGAGAUNGAUGUUGGGUUCCACUAUGGUACCUGCCUNGAUUGAAUCAUUUGCAGUUCCAUUUCAAGNAGAAAGUCCAAGGUGGCUUAUCAAGAAAGGAAGAANAGAGCAAGCAGAAAAGGUUUUAUUGGCUAUUAGGCUUUCUUCAGAACAUGCUUNGAGAGAUUNAGUACUCAUUAGAAAGGCAGNAGAGGAGGAACGAAGAANGACAGAAAACAAGAAUCUGUACGCAGAGUUACUUACAGUGCCUUCUCNAAGAAGAGAACUAUUUGUUGGAAUACUAUNAAUGCUAUUUCAACAGUUCUGUGGAANGAAUGUUUUUAUGUAUUAUGUCGACUAUAUGUUUACAGAUUNGAUUGGGAUAUCCGACAAGAAGGCUGUAUUGGCUAGUUNGAUUGCCGGAUUCACUAAUGCAGUAUUCACUCUGCCUGUAUAUUGGGUCAUUGACAAAUAUGGACGACGGUCUCUUCAGCUGUGGACAUUUCCCAUUAUGUGUGCCAUGCAAAUGUUGGCACUGUUUUCUUAUUAUGGAACGAAAUGGGNAAAUUUUGGUCUUUUUAUGGUGGCAGUAUUCAUUUUUAUUGCAGCAUAUUCUCCUGCCAAUGGUCCUGUUCCAUGGGUUUAUUGUCCAGAGAUCUUCCCACUUUACGUACGUGCGCAAGGAAUGGCAANAACUACAUUCUUCAAUUAUCUUUUCAACUUUGUGGUUUCCUAUUCCUGGCCUGAUAUGCUCCAAAAAUNGAAAGCUCAGCGAGGAUAUGGUUUUUAUGCAGGUGCUAUUGCAGUUGGAUGGGUGCUUUUAUUCUUUUUUAUGCCAGAGACGAAAGGUUAUACUUNAGAGCAAAUGGGAAUGGUAUUUGAACAUAGUCUCGGAGAAANAGCACGUUAUCAUUGGAAAUGCGGCAUUAGAAAUAUACGUAAAUUGUUUGGGCUUCCAACCAGUAGUGAGCCAUUGGCCUCCCCUUAUAAUAAGAAGCNGAAUCUUAAAAUGCAUGGGGUUGAAGAAUAGUAUGAGUAGAUGUAGUUUGUGUUUGUUUGAUAAACCUUUUUGUUUCAGU